AUGUCAAAUAAAUUAUGAUUAGGUGGAAGUGGAGAAACAAGGAAAUAUGGAUGUUCACUUUGCUGCACAACAAAUAACUCCUCAGCAGUUUGAUACUAAUAAUUGGAUUAAUCCAUACAGUUCAAGUAUCCAGGGGAGUAUGUAUCAAAACUGGAUGGACAAAGGAAAGAGACUAGCAAACAGUUCUAGCCAUUACACAUAUGCCCCUUCCUUUGCAACUUCUUCACAGAGUGGGAAUAUACCAUUUUCUCAAAAUCAAAACUCAUCGCCUUAUAUCCCAUUGCAGAGGCAUCAACAAUACACCAUGGUAGAUGUCCAACAAAAUCCACCACAAACAUUUGAACAGUCACAGAGCCAACAACAAAACAUGACAGUAGAUAUCCAGCAGAGUCCAACACAAAUAUUUGGACAAUCACAGGCACAAUUGACUUUUGGUGAAAGUACUAAUUAUAAUAACUCUCUCAUGAACUUCCAGAGAAAUAUUUGUGCUUCUACAAGGCCUGUCUCGAGUCCACUAGCAACUACGGGUACACACUUGAACAAUCCCUCUGAAUCAGGGUUGGAGUAUGCCCAUUCAAAUUCGAAUAGUAACUUGAGCAAUAACAACAACAUCAAUCACAUCAUUCAACAAAAUGAACAUUCUUUAUUUCAAAGUGAUGCAAUAACUCCUAAUAUUCAUGGAUUUAACUAUCCUAGGGAGGAGAAUACAAUGGGAAGCAAUGAAUACUUUGCUGACACAACAUAUGAGAAUGAUGCAUGGGAUGUUUUCCUUAAUGAAGCUCUUAAUGGAGAAGACUUUUGAAAUU